CUACCUCCACCGCAGCCUCGAGAUGAAGCAUCUGGUUUUUGUUAUCUCAAUGAUGUUGUCCUGGGAAUAUUACGAUUGCGACGGAAAUUUGACCGUGUUCUCUAUGUGGAUUUGGAUCUGCACCAUGGAGAUGGUGUGGAAGAUGCCUUCAGUUUCACCUCCAAAGUCAUGACGGUGUCCCUGCACAAAUUCUCCCCAGGAUUUUUCCCAGGAACAGGUGAUGUGACUGAUGUUGGCCUAGGGAAGGGACGGUACUACAGUGUGAAUGUGCCCAUUCAAGAUGGCAUACAGGAUGAGAAAUAUUACCACAUCUAUGAAAGUGUACUAAAGGAGGUAUAUAUGGCCUUUAAUCCCAAAGCGGUGGUCUUACAGCUGGGAGCUGAUACAAUAGCUGGGGAUCCCAUGUGCUCCUUUAACAUGACUCCAGUGGGAAUUGGCAGGUGUCUUAAGUACAUCCUACAGUGGCAAUUGGCAACACUCAUUUUGGGAGGAGGAGGCUAUAACCUUGCCAACACGGCUCGAUGCUGGACAUACUUGACCGGGGUCAUCCUAGGGAAAACACUAUCCUCUGAGAUCCCAGAUCAUGAGUUUUUCACAGCAUAUGGUCCUGAUUAUGUGCUGGAAAUCACGCCAAGCUGCCGGCCAGACCGCAAUGAACCCCACCGAGUCCAGCAAAUCCUCAACUACAUCAAAGGGAAUCUGAAGCAUGUGGUCUAGUUGACAAAAAGAGAUCAGGUUUCCAGAGCCGAAGAGCAGCGCCUAUAAUGAAGACAGCGUGUUUAUGCAAGCAGUGUGUGGAAUUUGUGACUGCAGGGGAAAUUUGGAAGAAAUUACUUCCUGAAAAUUUCCAAGGGGCACCAAGUGGCAGCUGGCCUCCUGGGGUGAGGCGGGCAGACACCCCAGAGGCUCAACUAGGCCUAGAAGAAGAGUGAGAUUUCCAACAUUUAAAAUGUUUAUUUUUAAAAAAACACAAAUGCCAUUUUUAAUCUUUGAAAAUUAUUUUUAAGCAAGUUGGGGAGGGGGUAUUUUUAUUUUCUUAAAGGGGGCAGAUAAGAAGCUGGAAGAAAGCAUGGAGGUUUAGUCAGCAGUUCUUCAGUUAGGGGGUGCUGAGAGGUAGGGUUUGGGUCUCAGAACCAUCCAGGUAGCGCCUUGGUGAAGGGGAAUGAUAGUAGAUUGGGAGGUGGGAAGAAGUCUACCUCUGUUGUUUUUAGGAUUAUUGACCUAUUUUGUUUUUAAUAAAAUAUUUGAAAACCUA